CAGGGGGCACCCGGUGUAAUUUGAAGCGGCCCAGAGCGCAGGCGCACGACCGACGUCGCGUCCGAAACACGGGCACUGCGGAUCUUCCAGGUGAAGCCCCUGGAAAACAGGAAAGCAAAUCUUUCCUACAGCUGUACUGGAUGGAUCCAAGCUGGGUAAUUCAACUACCAAAUAUGAUGUAUUCCUAAACAACAUAAUUACACCAGAGGGAAUUGCAUCCAUAACAGCAGCAAAUUCUUUUGGAGUCACAGGAAAUUCAAAGGCAUUCACAGAAAAUAAAGAAAUUCAGUACAAUUUAUGAAAAAUGACUCCUAAAUAAAGACUGACAAAAAAACCUACAUGCAAAAGAAGGCACAUUGUGCAAGCAGGAGAACAGUGUUCUGAAGACAGACCUUUCUACUUCACGAUGAGCGUUCACUAUGUCAUCUGAUUCGAGGAGACAACAGCGGGCUCGCACUGGGGAUAAAUCGUUUUCGUGCUCUGAGUGUGGGAAGGGAUUCAAAUGGCCAUCUGAUCUGCAGAGGCACCAGCGGGUCCACACCGGGGAGAGGCCGUUCACCUGCUCCGAGUGUGGGAAGGGGUUCAGCCAGACGUCCAACCUGGAGGUGCACCAGCGGGUCCACACCGGGAAGUGGCCGUUCGCCUGCUCCGAGUGUAGGAAAGGUUUCAAUUCAACAUCUGAUCUGGAGAGGCACCAGCGGGUCCACACCGGGGAGAGGCCGUUCACUUGCUCCAAGUGUGGGAAAGGAUUUAAUCAGUUUUACAAUCUGGAGCUGCACCAGCGCACUCACACCGGGGAGAGGCCGUUUGCCUGCUCCGAGUGCGGGAAGGGGUUCAUUCGGUCGUACGAUCUGCAGAUGCACCAGCGGGUCCACACCGGGGAGAAGCCGUUCACCUGCUCCGAGUGUGGGAAGAGGUUUAACCGCUCGUCCCAACUGCAGACGCACCUGCUGAGCCACACCGGGGAGAAGCCGUUCACCUGCUCCGAGUGUGGGAAGGGGUUCACCCGGUCCUCAAACCUGCUGACCCAUCAGCAGCUUCACACCGGGGAGAGGCCAUUCGCCUGCACCGAGUGCGGGAGGAGCUUUGCCCGGUUAUCGUCUCUGCAGCGACACCGGCAGAUCCACACUGGGGAGAGGCCGUAUACGUGCUCUGACUGUGGGAAGGGAUUCGCUCAGCUGUCCCACCUACAGACACACCAGCAGAUUCACACCGGGCAGAAGCCGUACAGCUGCUCCCGAUGUGGGAGGGGGUUCUCUUGGCCAGCCAACCUGGUAAAACACCAGCAGUUUCACUCUGGGGAGAAGUCAUUCACUUGUUCUGACUGUGGGAAGGGGUUCGCACAGUUGACAAGCCUGACGACCCACCAGCAGGUUCACACUGGGAAGAGGCCGUUCACCUGCUCUGCCUGUGCGAUCGGCUUCGCCAGCUUAUCCAGCCUGCUGCGACACCAGCGGAUCCACACCGGGGAGAGGCCCUUCUCCUGCUCGGAGUGUGGGAAGGGCUUCACCACGUCAUCCAACCUGCUGCGACACCAGCGGACACACACCAGGGAGAGACCGUUCACCUGCUCUGACUGUGGGACUGGGUUCACCUGCUUAGCUAGCCUGCUGGGACACCAGCAGAUCCACACCGGGGAGAGGCCGUACGGCUGCUCCCAAUGCGGGAAACGAUUCAUACACUCAGCACAACUCAAGACGCAUCAGCGAGUUCACACCGGAGAGAGGCCGUAUGUCUGCUCCGAGUGCGGGAAGGGGUUUAUUCGGUCAACCAACCUGCUGACGCAUCAGCGGAUUCACACCGGGGAGAGGCCGUUUGGCUGCUCCGUGUGUGGGAAACGAUUCAAACAUUCAGCAGAACUGAUGAUGCACCAGCGAAUUCACACCGGAGAGAGGCCGUACAUCUGCUCUGACUGCGGGAAGGGAUUCAUCCGGAGGGCCAACCUGCUGACCCAUCAGCGGAUUCACACCGGAGAGAGGCCGUUCACCUGCUCCGUGUGCGGGAAGGGCUUCGUUCAGCUAUCCCAAAUGCAGGCACACAAGUACAUUCACACCGGGGAGAGGCCGUUCACCUGCUCCGUGUGUGGGAAGGGAUUUGCACGGUCAUUCCGCCUGGAGAAACACCAGCGGGUUCACACCCAGGAGAAAGUGUCACGCAGGCGUCGGCGUCAUGCACCGGAAAUGGCGUCAUCGAGCAAGCGCAGUCGGAAGAGAAGCGUCUGGAAGGACGAGCCCCGGUGGCAGUCGAUGCUGGGUCACCGAGGAGCAGCUUUCCUGCCGAGGACAGGUGGCGAUGAAUGGUUCUUCCUACCUUGUAACUGGAGAGUGGUUCACAGAUUUAUCCUCCUGUUAAAACACGGGUGCUUCAUGCCAAUGAAGACAUUUCACUGUGCUUACUGUGGGAAAAACUUCAAGCGGUCCAAUGCCCUGAUCACACACCAACGGAUCCACACUGGGGAGCGACCAUUCUCCUGUUCUGUGUGCGGGAAAGGAUUUGCUCGGUCAUCAGACCUGGUGACCCACCAGCGAGUUCACACUGGGGAGAGACCGUUCACCUGCUCUGAGUGUGGCAAAGGAUUCACCCAGUCAAGCUACCUGCUGAUACACCAGCGGAUUCACUCUGGAGACAGACCGUUCACCUGCUCUGUGUGCGGGAAAGGUCUAGCAGAUUCCUCCCAGCUGCUGAAACACCAGCGAAUUCACACCGGCGAGCGGCCGUUCACAUGCUCAGAGUGUGGGAAAGGAUUCACUCAGUCAGCUAAUCUGAAAAGACACCAGCAAGUCCACAGCUGGGAGAGGCCGUUUACCUGCUCUGAGUGUGGGAAGGGGUUCACUCAGUCGUCACAGCUGCUGCAACACCAGCGGGUUCACAGCUGGGACACACCCUUCAACUGCACUGAUUGUGGGAAAGGAUUCAGUGAAUCAUCUUCGUUGCUGACGCACCAGAGGGUGCACACUGGAGAGAAACCGUUUACCUGUUCUGACUGUGGGAAAGGGUUCAGUCAGUCGGCAUCCUUGUUGAAACACCGGAGGGUUCACACCGGGGAGAGGCCGUUCACCUGCUCUGAAUGUGGGAAGGGAUUCACGCUGUCAUCUUCCUUACUGACGCACCAGCGGGUCCACACCGGCGAGCGGCCGUUCACCUGCUCCGAGUGCGGGAAGCGAUUCAGUCGCUCAUCAUCCCUACUGACGCACCAGAGGGUUCACACCGGGGAGAGGCCGUUCACCUGCUCUGAGUGCGGCAAGGGGUUUAACCGGUCAUCCAACUUGCUGACGCACCAGCGGGUUCACACCGGGGAGCGGCCGUUCAUCUGCCCCGAAUGUGGAAAGGGAUUUAAUCGGUCGUCCAACCUGCUGACGCACCAGCAAAUUCACACCGGGGAGCGGCCAUUCACCUGCGCCAAGUGUGGGAAAGGAUUUGCUGUUUCCUCGUACCUGAUUAAACACCAGCGCGUCCAUGCUGGGGAGAAGGUUUAAAGACACUGUGUACGUGGAGCAUUUAAGCAUCCCGGCAGCUGAGGUAGCAGUAGGUAUAGAUUCUGAAGUUAUACCUGUGGCUGAUCAACCCAGGACUAAGUGAUUGUUAUGGUGGGCGUUUCAGCUUUGCUGUUCAAAACUACCACAACCAAGUUAGUCAAAGUGAACUCGUUAUCAAAGUGCAUGCGUUACCAUACACAAUCCAGAGGUUCAUUCACAGGAAGGUAAAGAAAUAAGAAAAUCUGUACUUAAACAGACAACCAUUGUGCUAAAAAAAAACAAACAAUAUAAAAUAAAAUACUGGGAAUGUGAAUUAUAGUCCUUGAAAUUGAGCCUGUAGGUUGUAGAAUCAUUUCGUUGUUGAGGUGAGUGAAGUUAUCGAUGCCAGUCAGGAGCCUGGUGGUGGGCUGUAGGGUGCAAGUGUUUGUGAAGAUGGAGUUUAAAGCUGGAUCCUUGCCAAACAAAUCUCUUGUGCUUUAUACACGGUGACCGGGUUGUGCUGAGUUUUGUUGGCAAUCCCAAUUCAGACCUGUGCUGUUCAGCUGCGUCUUGAAUGCCCAACCCAACGUCACUGUCAUUGUUCAUGCUGCUCAGCGCUCACCCCUCAUAUGCCACAAUUAUAUCGGUUUACCUAGAGACAAGCUUCUCACCCAACAGGCCACACUGCCCGGAAACCAACGCUAGCCUAAUCACAGGACAAGAUUCAAAAACUUCAUUGUCAUUCCAACCAUACAUCAGCUCUGCAGGGCAGAAUGAGACAGCGUUUCCCAGGAACAAGUGCAAUCAUAACAUAACA